AUGAUUACCCCAGGCCUGUGUGCUCGUCUCCCUAAGCGGGCCUUCCCCGCAUUCCGCACCCAGCGACAGUUCAGUUCCGCACGCCCGACAUGCAAGGAGAUUCAGGAAGCUUACAUUUUGAGUGCAUCUCGAACACCAACAGCAAAGUUCAAUGGUUCUUUUGCUUCCGUAUCAGCACCUGAGCUUGGCGCUGUUGCAAUCAAAUCCGCCCUAGAGAAAUCCAAGGUACCUGUUGAGAAGAUCACGGAUGUGUAUAUGGGAAAUGUCUUGCAGGGCUCAGUAGGCCAGGCACCUGCCCGUCAGGCAUCUAUUUUUGCUGGUCUCCCUUCUACAGUCGAAGCUACGACAAUCAACAAGGUCUGCGCUUCUGGCUUGAAGGCAGUGGCACUUGCCGCACAAAAUAUUCAACUGGGCUUGGCAGAGGCACAGGUGGCUGGAGGCAUGGAGAACAUGACUCGUGUUCCCUAUUAUAUGGCGCGUGCCAGCCAAUUGCCCCCCUUUGGUGAUAUCAAGCUAGAGGAUGGUCUCAUCAAGGAUGGUCUAUGGGAUGUUUACAACAAGUUCCACAUGGGUAUCUGUGCAGAACACACUGCGAAGAAUUAUGACAUCUCGCGAGAGGACCAGGAUUCAUAUGCUAUCCAAUCAUACGAGCGAGCCCAGCAGGCAUGGAAGGAGAACAAGUUUGGCGAUGAAAUCGCCGCUGUUACUGUGAAAGGUAAGAAAGGUGAUACCAUUAUCGAGCGCGAUGAGGGCUUCGAAAACUUGCGUGCCGACAAGUUGAAGAGCCUGAAGCCUGCCUUCCUGCGAGACGGGACUGGUACCGUGACCGCUGGCAACGCAUCUACCAUGAAUGACGGAGCAUCCGCUCUGAUUUUGGGCAACAAGGAUAUUGCUCGCCAAUAUGGCGCUGGCAGCCGGGUCUUGGCCCGUAUCGUUUCCUCAGCCGAUGCCGCCAUCGACCCCGUCGACUUCCCAGUGGCCCCUGCCAAGGCGGUCCCGAUUGCGCUGGAGCGUGCCGGUAUUACCAAGGACCAAGUAGCGGUAUGGGAAUUCAACGAGGCUUUUGCUGCUGUCAUCAAAGCCAAUGAAAAGAUCCUCGGUUUGCAAAACGCCAAAGUCAACAUGCUUGGAGGUGCCAUCUCUUUGGGACAUGCUCUCGGCAGCUCAGGAUCUCGUAUCCUCGUCACCUUGCUCCACCAACUGCAGCCCGGCGAGUAUGGAGUGGCUGCGAUCUGUAACGGCGGCGGUGCCGCGACUGCGAUGGUUGUGCAGAGGCUAGAUCGAGUGGAUUGA